GUGGUUCGACCACAAUUCGCACAGACAAGCUGGGGGGCAGCUUGGCUGAGGUGCAGGUCAUCCAUGCCUGCAGCGGAGAGGAGAUGUGUACAUUGUCUCUAAAUGACGCCCCAGGCGUUGAGACCUCCGUGGCACACAUUCGACGAGAAGUGGCCACACAAGUGCAAGCUCCAUUUUUUUCAGUGAAACUUCUGGCUGGUGGGGAGAUCCUGAGCGACUUUGAAACGUGGGAAAACACCCAACGCCUAAAGCUGCUGCAGGUUAUCAAAACACCUGUCCACGACAAUGACACUGACGCGCUUUUUACUGCAAUCCGAUCAGACAAUGUCUGGAAGGUGCGAGCUCUCUUGAUUGCUGGCCAAUGUCCAAACGCGCUCUAUGAUGGCUUUCCUCCUCUGGUGUACUCUUGUAUCUUUGGCAAGUCGGAAGUGGUGGGUCAGACCUUGCUGGAAGGUGGCUCCGACGUUCAUGUCGUUGGGGAAGGCCUAAGUGCAUUAGAGGCCAGUGUCCUUGCAGGAUACACCCGUCUGUCUGAAGAAAUAGUGGAAGCGGGCGCUGACCCACAUACUGUGAAUGGCCGCGGUGCCACCUGUUUGCAUGGCGCCGCCGCAUUUGGGAGACUGGGUUGUGCACGGGUUCUCCUUGCUGCAGGCGUGGACGCCUUGCAGGAAGAUAUGGAGGGCGACACACCGUUCUCUGUCUGCAGGGAAUCGGCUGCAGUGAGGGCUCUCCUGAUGGACGCCAGCUGGCCACGCCUCACAAUGAAGCACAUCUUUGUCAAAAACAUGGAAGAGUAUGCCAACUACCUCCAACCAUCAGAGCUGCAGAGUCUAUGGAUGUGCUGCUCAGCCUUCAAAAAGCAAAGUGUCUUUUUUACAGACAUAUCAUCUGCUCUCUUUGAUGUGCAAGGAGGUGCGCUUGCUGAAACAGAUGUGGACAUCACCUCUGCUUUGUCUGGAGAGUUGUUACUACGGGCACGACUAGCGCCGGAGCAACAGUCCGAGAACUUGUCGCACAUUGUGCGAUCUGCUGCGAGCUCUUUCUUUGCCUUGCCACACUUUUGCGUGGAAGUUUGCUGCAGAGCCUUUGAUUCCUGGCUAGAUUUAGGCAGUCCUUCAUCAGUAUCCAUUGUGAUAAAGCCUCCAACUCUGGAGUACACAGAAGACUUGAUCGCAGCAAUUCAAGCAUCGGACGCUGCUGAAGUGUUUCGGGUGCUGAAAGCAGGCCAGAACCCCAAUUGUGUUCUCCUGGACGCUCCUUUGACCUGGGCUGUCGAGCUUGGAAGGUUGUCAAUCGUCAAGGCCCUUAUUCAAGGCAACGCCGACGUCAAUUUUGUACCAAUUGGGCGGCAUGGACCUUUGCACGGCGCCGCCAUGCAUGACCGCCCCGGUGAAGCGGCAAUGUUGUUGGCGCACGGGGCAAACCCAAAUCUGACAGAUCACCAGGGAAACAAUCCUUUGCACUAUGCUCUCUUACAUAGCCUCACAACAUUUCAUGUGUUACUUUCAUCAGGGGCACAUGCUUUGCAAGAGAACAGAGAUAAGAAUACAGCUUUCAGUAUGGUCCCAGCGGGGGAGCUGACGUUCCUAUGUUUGUGCUUCUGCUACGAUAACGUUCAUCCACGGCACGUGCUACACCGCCACUUGCACCUUUUAGCAGACCUCUGCUGCACAAAAUCCUUGUUGGCGGCUAGCAGUGCGUUUUCGAAGCAAAGGGUUGCGCUUGAUGUUGACGUCUUGGGCGGCAGCACAGCGCAGGUUCCUAACGCUUUCCAGAUCAAUGUGCACAAUUAUCUGCUGGGAAGUGCGCGAAUGGCCGAUAGUGGCCGCGCUUGGCGCCAGCUUGCAGAAUUUAUGAAGCGAGUGUCCCCAGUGAUGGGGACCAUCAAGAGAUAUCCAUAUUUGUUUUGGAUUUUGCCUGUUCCAUUUGAUGGACGCCAGACAGUAGACGAGUGGCGUGUCAGGUUGACUGCAGCGUGCUUCUUUAUCAGAACGCUGCACAACCAGAAUUUUGUCAAGCUGGAGGCCGCCAUGAUUGCAUGGUUUUGGCCAGAGAUUGCAAAGGACCUCUCUCUUCUGGAUGUUGUCAGCACCCGCCAACUUGCAGUCAGCUCCCGCCACCGCGUGAGGAUGCUCAGCAGGGCAUUACUUUGCUUAAGCAUUAUCUCAUUUGCAGGGUGCGCGCACAGAUCUCCUCCAGGUCUGACGAGCGCUCCCACAUGUGUUUUCCAUCGACGAUUUCGAUUAAAUCUUGCUGUUCGUGCUUAUAAUCAGGCUGCAGCAGCACAAAAAAAAUCUGAUGCCUAUGGCGGUGCUUCUCAGAACAGGCAGAAUUUGUCGGAGCUGGAAGCCAGCGCAAUUGCACAUAACAAGCUGGUCGCCAGACACACCAAGCGGCGACGCAUGGAGAUGACGGCGCUUUGCGCCACCACAACCAGGCAGAUAAGCUCUACCAAGCGUAUUGGAGAAGGCUUGCUUUGCAAGAGUGGGAUGAGCAAUGUGAUGCCUGAGUUCCUUUUACAAGCUUCUGUUCGCAGCACAAGCAUUGAAGAUGUCACGCAAGCAGACCAAGUGCCCAUCAUAGAUCACUUUCAGGUCUUGCACGCUCAUCCCCGCGAUGAUGCUCUGACCUUUCACCCUGACACACACACGUAUUACAUCAAUGGAGCUAAGACACAGGGGAGCGUCACUGGCUUGAUCCACAGGUUUGCGCAGCCCUUUGAGGCAGACGCAGUCAUCGAAAGAAUGAUGCGCAGUGAAAACUGGCCGCGGCCUGGAUAUUUGAAGUCAUACAUUCACCCACAAGAUUUUGCCGACCUGUCACUGUGCCCAGAGGCUGCGGAAUUGAUUUCUUUGCUGGAUGUCCGUGGGUCCAGUUCUGAGGAAAUCUGCCGAAUUGCUCAGUCAUUGAAGCGCAGUUCGCCUGCGCCAGAGGCAGAAGAUGUCCUGGAGUUGGCGGCGCGCGAGGACCUAAAAAAAGAAGAGGAUGAGCGUGCAAGGGAAACUGCAGUUGAUGACCAUGAUGUGGACCUCAACCUCGCAGAGGAAAUUACAGAUGAAACGUGGCUCAAACUGCGCAAGAGAAGAUUGCUACCUGGGGCACUGACUUCUGAUGAAGACUUUCAGACGUUGUUUGAUGGCCUGCUGGAUGGGAACAGAGUGUUUCAACACCAAGCGGGCGAAGCGCUCGAAAACGAGGAUACAAUUUUGCGACUGGUGCAG